AUGUCUAAAUUUAAGACUAAAUAUUUAGUUAUCGGAGGCGGUAUAGCAGGAGUUACGUGCGUGGAAACCCUAGCUAUUUUGCAUCCAGAAGAAAAUCUCGUAAUCGUAACCGCGUCUUCGCUGGUGAAAAGAGUAACCAAUGUCAGUUUCUACGCCAAGACUGUAGUAAAAUUUGAUGUUGCGGAUACAGAAGCAAGUUCCUUGAUGAAAAUACACCCGAACCUCAAGAUUGUAUAUGAUUCAUUGAAGUUUCUUGAUACUAAGAAUAAGAUAGCCUUAACAGAUGAUGGAACUGAAGUUCAUUAUGAAGUUGUGUGUGUAUGUACUGGUGGGUUACCAAAACUUAUUGACUCAAAUAAAAGUAAACGAAUCCUAGGUAUUAGAGAUACAGAGUCAGUUAAGGAGUUUCAGGAGAGAUUAACUAACGGGAAUAGAAUGGUCAUCGUAGGUAAUGGUGGUAUUGCAUCAGAAAUUGUUCACGCAACAACCGGCAUCCAGAAAGUGUGGGUUAUAAGAGAUGAUUAUAUAUCCGCCACUUUCGUUGACCCUGGAGCGGCCGAAUUUUUUCAGAAUAGUUUUAAAAAUAAAAGUAAUGUAAAUAACCAGACUGUGUUAAAAAGACAUGUGUUUACAGAAGAAGAUACUGUUGUAUCAUUAAAUAAGGAUAUAAAAUCGGCAGCGCUCGGUCCAGAUUGGUAUAAAAAAUUAGAAAACACCAAAAAUGAGAGUGGUGAACAGGAAUUGGAAAUUAUUUACAAGGUUGAAGUUGAGUCUGUUGUUGAAAUUAACGAGGAGUAUGCUUUAGAAGUGAAGUUGACAAAUGGUAGAAGUAUUAAGUGUGAUUUUGUGGUUUCUGCCACGGGAGUAGAACCUGCCGUUAAUUUUGCCUGGGAUCGGGAACCGAAGAGAGGACCAGAUGGAGGAUUAGCGGUGAAUGAAUUUCAAGAGACUUCUAUUAAGGAUGUAUUUGCUGCAGGUGAUGUUGUAUUUGCUGAUUGGCAAACCUCUCCGCAUUGGUUUCAAUUGAGAUUAUGGACUCAGGCGAGGCAGAUGGCUGGAAUGGCAGCCAAAUCAAUGCAUGCGAGGAUCGUGAAUGAAGAUAUAUGGCAAGACUUCUGUUUUGAACUAUUCACACACUGCACUACACUUUUUGGUUACAGAGUUGUACUGUUAGGGAAGUAUAAUGGACAAGGUCUUGGUAGGGAUUACGAGAUCCUAUUAAGAACGACUCCUCAAAAAGAAUAUAUUAAGUUUGUAUUACAAAAUGGGAGACUUCAAGGUGCUAUUUUGAUCGGGGAAACAGAUUUGGAGGAAAUGUGUGAAAAUUUAAUCCUGGAUCAGAUUGAUUUAAGUCCUUUCGGUGAUGAUAUUCUCAAUCCCGAUAUUGAUAUAGAUGAUUACUUUGAUUAA